GCGGCUGAACUGAAGGAUCUUGGGUUGACUGUCAGUUAACGACCGUCGGCUUUACCGGCCAACAAAGAUGUCCCAAACGCAGGAUAUUGAUGCUGAAAGAGCUGCAAGCUUCCACCCACAGAAUCCCAUUGUUCCCGAAGACGAGUCGGCACUUUAUGAUGACUCCGAAGACUUCAUAUCUGACGGAGGAAGCACCACGGAUUCAUUGACCUCGAGCGUGUUCAGUUACCAGUACGCAAAUGGACGUCGAUACCACGCAUACAGGCAAGGAGAAUACGUGAUUCCAAAUGACGAAAAGGAACAAGAGCGUCUCAACCUGCAUCAUCACAUCUUCAGCAUGGUUCUUGGCGGCGCGUUGUACCGCGCCCCUAUACCCAAACACGUGGGCAAUAUUCUAGAUCUAGGGACCGGGACAGGAGCUUGGGCGAUAGAUAUAGCAGAUGAACAUCCCCAAGCCGUCGUUACUGGAACCGAUCUGAGUCCCAUCCAACCUUCGUGGGUCCCACCAAACUGCCGCUUCAUAAUCGACGAUUUCGAACUCGAGUGGAACUUCUCGCAACCGUUCGAUUUCAUUCACGCGCGGAGCAUCGAAGGGUCAGUGAAAGAUUAUCAGAGACUUUUCCGCCAAGCAUACGAGAAUCUGAAACCGGGUGGAUGGUUCGAAGUUGCGGACGCCACAGUGGGAGUUUUCUGCGAUGACGAGAGUAUUGAACGAGCGCCAAACUUGCUCGAAUGGCGCGAUCGACUCAUCGAAGCGAGUGGGAAGUUCGGGAAACAAAUGGGCGUGUCGCCCAGAUAUAAGCAUUGGAUGAUCAAUGCUGGGUUCACUGAGGUUACGGAGGAAGUUUAUAAGGUCCCAUACUCCCCCUGGCCAAAGGAUCCCAAAUUGAAAGAACUCGGCCGAUAUCAGCAAGUCCUGAUGCUAGAAGCUCUCGAAGCUUAUUCGUUUGCCCUGUUCACAAGAGUGCUGGGCUGGACGAGUGCCCAGAUACAGCUUUUGCUGGUCGGGGUGAGAAGAGAGCUAUUGGAUCGUCGAUUUCACGGAUAUUCAAAACUCUAUUUCGUGUAUGGGAAGAAGCCGGAAUGACUACCGAUUGACUGAUACCCGAUGGUGAUAUAUAUAUAUAUAUAUAUAUAUAUAUAUAUAUGUAUAU